CGGAAGAGGUGCUGACGCAGGGUUGUUGCUGACAACAGUCUACGUUGACUUCAGACGCCACAAAGUGAAUCGGUGGUAACAGAGCAGCUGGAUUAUUACGCUUGUGUGUGUAUGUUUGAGUGAGCUGAACAAAGACAUCGCUGUGCAGUCUGUGUGUAUGUGAGAGCGCGCGUGUGUGUGAUGUCUUCGGAACUGCUGGUAGAUGUGGGCGACGACUCUGCAACGGCGCAGCUAGGACAGCUGAAGCUGACUACCAUAGAGGACCAGCAGUGGCCCGCUGAUGAGUCUUUCCUCAGCAAGUCAGAGACAGAUGUUUCCCAGCAGUUUGAUGCCAGCUCUCCACACCUGCCCUGGGACCACCCUUUCUAUGACAUUGCCAGACAUCAGAUCAUCGAAGUGGCCGGUGAUGACAACUUUGGCAGGAAGGUGAUAGUGUUUAAUGCCUGCAGGAUGCCUCCGCAGCACCAGCUGGACCAUCAUAAGCUGCUGAUGUAUCUCAAAGGAACACUGGAUCAGUAUGUGGAGAGUGACUAUACUCUGAUCUACUUUCAUCACGGGCUGACCAGUGAAAACAAACCUUCCCUCAGCUGGGUGCGGGAUGCAUACAGGGAGUUUGACAGAAAGUACAAGAAGAACAUCAAGGCCCUGUACAUCGUCCAUCCCACCAUGUUCAUCAAGACUCUGCUGAUCCUCUUCAAACCAAUUAUAAGCUUUAAGUUUGGCAGGAAGAUCAACUAUGUGAGCUAUCUGAGUGAGCUGGAGGAUGUGGUCAAGUGUGAUCAGCUGGUCAUUCCUUCCCGUGUCAGAGAGUAUGACAACAAAUUAAGAGCAUCUCUGAAACCCACCACACAGCCUCCCAUGUCUCCUCCUCACAGCCCUCCUCUCCCCAGCCAGGUGUUUGGUGUGCCACUAACGCCGCUCAGACAGAGGGAUCCAGAUGGCGAUCCAGUUCCUGUGGUGAUGAGAGACACCGUUGGCUUCCUCUCAGAGCAAGGCUUGGAGAUUGAGGGCAUCUUCAGACGAUCUGCCAACGUGACUCUGGUGAAGGAGGUCCAGCUCAGGUACAACUCAGGUGCGACAGUGAACUUCAGAGAGAUGGAAGAUGUGCACCUGGCUGCUGUCAUCCUGAAAACAUUCCUGAGGGAACUCCCCGAGCCUCUGCUCACCUAUCAGCUCUACAAUGACAUUGUCAACUUUGCCUCUGUGUCCAGUGAGAGUCAGGUGACAGUAAUGAAGACGCUGGUAGAGUCGCUGCCAGAGGAAAACUACGCAUCGCUGCGAUACCUCAUCACAUUUCUGGCACAGGUAUCAGCCAACAGUGAGGUGAAUAAGAUGACCAACAGUAACCUGGCUGUGGUCUUCGGUCCCAAUCUGCUCUGGGGGCGGGACAACGCCAUGUCGCUCAGCGCCAUUGGACCAAUCAAUAACUUCACGAGAACCCUGCUGGACCAGCAGCAUCUGGUGUUUGCCUAAUCUCCAGCCCUCUGCUCUGAGCUCUUUCUGCCAAUGUGAAACGCCGCCGACACCCUCCUUCCCCUGCAGCAUUUAGCCUUUAGCUUACCUUAGGAGCAUCAUCAAAGUACUCAGACAGCGCUCAGACAGACAGGCCUGACUGAUUGUCUCUUACAUACCGCGCACAUUUAAAAAGAUUCAGUGGACCAAGUUAUUAGUGUCAUUUGUGUGUCACCAGUCGUUCUGAGCGUCCUGUUAUUAUGUCUGGCAACUUCUGGCAUUUCCAUUUGACUCCAAGCAUGAAAACAAGUGGAAACAGCACACAUGUUAGAGCUCAGGCAAAUGAUAAUAAUAUUAGCAAAAAAUAACAGAAAACACUACAAAAUGCAACCGCUGGUAAACAAGAAAGAUCCAGAUCCCCAGUUUUGUUACAGCGGUAAAUUUGAGCCUGCUCAUGUAUAACAGCAUGAAACGCUGUGGCACGGCCCUGAUACUACAUGCGUGAGUGGGCACAGACAGGCUGUCGCCACACCCACUCUGUCAGGAAUAUACCAGAAUCCACUUUGUGUUCUUAAAGUCUCCACUGUGAGUCGUGAUAACUCUUGACAUCACUUUGCAUCAGUUUCCCACAAACACGUCAUGAGUACAGAUACAAACGUGCACGUUUCCCUUCCUUUAAAUCAGUGUAGUGCUUCCAACAGUCUCCACGAGCACAACAUGAAUCUGAAUGAUGACGUGAAGUAGUUUCAUGCGGGUAUCAGGCCAGCAGACUAUAAAGAGCUGUAACACUGGGGGAGGGGGACAUAAAAGCUCUCAUAAAUCUGAAAUCACUACGUGUGUGAAUGCAGGGUUAGUCAUUUGCUGCCAUGUGCUUCUCUACCACCCCUAACUGAUCCGUCCAUGCCUCCGUGGACUCAUUCCUACCUGCAUGUGUUCAUAUCUAUAUUCAGCCCUGUAUCACUGCCCUGCUUCAACACAGCGGCUGGUUUGCAUCUUUUAUCUCUGUCAGUAGCAGCUGGUCGUACACCCCCCUUUUCAUUCAUGUGUUAUUUUCUAUGUAGUGCCAAAAAAGCGUUUCACCUGUGUUACCAAAUGUUCUUUAGAUCCUGAUUCUGUACUAAAGAGAGGAUUGAUGAGGAGAGUGGAGGUGUGACUCAGGUUUACGUCAGAAUGGUGAACUUGGUACCGAACUUUGUGGACAAUCUAUGAAAUGCUGUACUUGGAGUGGCAGAAACCACCCACAGCUGUGCACGUGGAGUCUUUCCUUUCCUUUAUAUGUGACUUUAAUUUUACUAAUAGCAGUGUCAUUUGGACCUGUAGCUGGUGUCCCGGGUAAACGGCACACUACAAAAGUGUGCUGAGUGACAGCUUCACACUCGGCACUCUGCGGGUUUAGUGACAAAUAAAGUGUAGAUGUGACUGCGCUCCCUGGAGUGACACUGUUGUUGUUUUUUAAAUUACAGGGAGAAGGUUGGUUGGUACGUCAGGCAUGUGGUGGACUCCCACAGGCCAGCGUCUCUGCUGCUGCCCUCUGUGUGACUGAUUGUGCGAGCAGACGUGAUGUGUGCUCAUACAAUCAUUACGCAGUAAUAAUAUAAGGUGUAAUAGUAAUGGAUUCAUGUUUCUUUUCAUUCUGGCUGUCAUUUGUAGCAGCAUCACUUCAGUGCACAUAAUGAAUGAUUUUGGGUGUCUGAUUUCCUGUGAUUGUCCCACAUGUAUCCCAAAUUUAAUUAAGUAGAAGUACCUGAUACUGAGUUUUACUCUAUCAUACCGUUUCAGGCUUUGAACUACGGGAGUCUGUCCAAGCUGUGUGCUGGUUUUUGGCUCUGUCUUUGUGGCGCAGUGCCGUGGUGUGUUGCACAUAAUCCACACUGAGCAGUGCAGUUAACAGACCCCACAUGCUGUCUUUGUGCUGCUGAGUGCGCACAUGUUUCUGAUCACACAUGCCUCAGAGGGCACCGUGCCUCCAGGCCAGCUGUUCAUCCAUUUGUUUGUUGAGUAUUAAUGUAGAAUAUAGAUGCAUUAGAUCAGAGCUGUCUAGGAUUAAACACACCCUUUGGCCAAUCACAAGCCAGUAUUCCUUUUAGCUAUUGUGUUUUCUUUUAGUCACCACAGGUCUUUAGAAGCAGGCCUAUGAAGAGCAUGCAGCAGGAGUGUAACCAGUCAGAAUCAGCUCUUCUCCUCUCUCCUCUGUACUGAGAGAGGAAAAUGUGAAUUCUUUGAAACGAUUUAGUUCUUCCCAAACCCAAAGAUGAAUCAGUCCCUUAUAGAGUGCAGCCAACAUGAGCGGUGGUUGAUUGGUGUGAUUGUUUGAGCAGCUCACAGAGUUCUGUUUGUGGGACUCUCCUGUUAGGUGAACAGCAGCACCCUCCUGUCCUCGGCUUUUUGAGCACACAGGUGACUGUGGGCUCGUACAGAGGUUCCCAGGUGCAAUUGUAUGGCCUCCCAAAAGCUUCAUUGUGUUCUCAUUUAUCUCACGGUUCAGCAGUGAUGCACAGACACUGUGGGGAUUUGGUUGGGAUGUCUUUGCUGUUAAAGGUUUCACUGUUGUCGCUGCUUUCACAGCCUCCAGCACAGCUACAACUUCGUUAAUGAGGGUUUUAAUUUCUGUGGCUUAAUGAGAACUGUGUGGCCAUAAUUGGAUCACAGAGGCCUUAAGCUUCCUGCUGCAUUAUAUUUAUCAUUGCUCAUGUUCUUCCAUGUAAUAAUCACCUGUAAUUCCUGAGAAGAACAUUAUUUCUGCAUGUCUCAGUUUUUGACCCGGCACCCUGUUAAGCUUUGUUUUUAUCCUCACUCUGUUUCCAGAGUCUUAGUGUAAAGGACUUGUCACAGCCUCACGGUGUCUGCCAUGAUUACAGCAGUCAGCACCUGCAGUAGUUAUCUUUGACACGUGACACAGAUGAGUUGUCUCGUUCCUUCAGCCAGUUUCUAAAGACUCUGAGCCAAAACAUGCUGUUCAACUAGAUGUCUUUCAUUGCAACAAACUAUCAGUGGGUAAAUAUUGGUGUUGUGGUGUUCCUAUAAUGAUGUGACUGAAAAGCACCAAAACAUUCAGAAUUUCAGUUUGACUGAAGCUGAGAGCAAAAACGACAACAAAAAAUUCCAAGUGUUUACCUGUUUUAAUGCCACAGUGAUGUGGAUGUGUGUUUGUGUGUACCAGUGCAGAUAGGUUUCACUGCUGGAACUGCAGACGAGGGCUGUGUGUGAAUGUUGUCAGGUGGUAGCAUCUCCGUUUUUUUAAUGGUGUGACGUAGUGAGACAGACCUUCCUGUUAGGUUGUGAGUCAUCUUUGAUCUGUUCAAAAUAUCUGUGAAAAACAAAAAGAGCAAGCCAAGCAGUUGAUCUGAAUCACAAAAGCUAGUGGAGAUGCACUUUUUAAAUAGUCUAACAACUCUGUGUGUGUUUGUGCGUGCUCGUGCCUUAUUUGUUUUCCCCACGUGGUCAUGUGAUUAGCCAUCUAAGUGCCAGUGUGAUCAUUCUGCCAUAGAUUAAAAUAAGACGGGGUGCGUUCAACAAAGCUCUGGUGUUUGCUGGUGUUCAGAGCAGCCUGUGAAGCGUGCGGUGUGGCCCCCACCCAAACUCCUGAAUUUGUUGAGAACAGCUCAGCUGUAAUGGGCGACGGCAGACUUGAGAAUUUGUCUUCGUAACAAAAUCGAUCUUGAAUCUGAGCUUCAAGUGUAAACCCACUCGUCUGAUUUUCCUGUCACAAAACUCGGUUUAGUUUCAUUUUCAGGUUUUAAGCUGACGUAGCUGAAAGUCACCAGGUGAGCGAGAUGGAUAAAAACACCUGCUUCAUUUUCUAACCCGACUGUAAAUCUGUCAGCUUGUCCCGUGUUCCUUUCCCGUAACGCUGAUUCUUCUCAACUCUGCUGAUCCAUUACAGCCUCUCUAAUCUAUGGGUCUUUGUACUGUAACUGUUGUCAUGGUGACAGUGAACAAAAUUUCUCUAAGGGAGAAAUUCAUUGGUUUCCAGGCUGAUUUAUUUUUACUUAGUGACCUUAUUUUCUUAACUCCUUUUUUUUCAUCCUCUUUUGAUAUGUUGUGGAUCUCAGUCUUAUACAUGUACGAUAUAAAUGGUGAUAUCCUGUAAUAUUAUUGUGUGCAAACAAUAAAGAAAU